GCUUUGCUUUGUCCAUAUUUGUAGGAAAUGUGAGCGUUAACACGAGGCUCAACAGCGCACCGUGGUGACGUCAUCAAUCAGCGCCCGAGAACCAACAGUGGGAUUUUGCGGAAGAUGCUUAAGAAAAAACAUCAGCUGCUUGCCGAGACUCAAUCCCAAAGUGAAGAUGAGACCAUGGUCCCUGUACUAACAUCCAAAAGAGCCAGUGAACUUCCUGUAAACGAAGUGGUGUGUGUUCUGCAGGCUGACCUGCAGUUUGGUCUCACUGACUCGGAGGUGAGCAGGAGAAGAGCGUAUCAUGGGUGGAACGAGUUUGAAAUCAGUGAGGAUGAGCCGCUCUGGAGGAAGUACCUGUCUCAGUUCAAAGAUCCUCUCAUCAUGUUGCUCCUGGCGUCUGCGGUGAUCAGUGUCCUGAUGCGUCAGUUUGAUGACGCCGUCAGCAUCACCGUGGCGAUCAUCAUCGUGGUUACUGUGGCCUUUGUACAGGAAUACCGCUCAGAGAAGUCCCUGGAGGAGUUGGGUAAACUGGUGCCUCCAGAAUGUCACUGUGUGAGAGAAGGGCGUCUGGAUCACAUGCUGGCGAGGGAACUCGUUCCUGGAGACACAGUUUGCCUCUCUGUGGGAGAGAGAGUCCCAGCUGACCUUCGCCUGUUCGAGGCAAUAGAUCUGUGUGUAGAUGAGUCCAGUCUAACUGGUGAGACGACACCCUGCUCUAAGACAGUCAUCCCUCAGCUGGUGAGCAGUGACCUCACGUCCCGGGGCAACAUCGCCUUUAUGGGGACGCUGGUGUGCUCCGGCAAGGCCAAGGGAAUCGUUAUAGGUACAGGAGAGAGCUCCGAAUUCGGGGAAGUCUUCAAAAUGAUGCAAGCCGAAGAGUCUCCUAAGACUCCACUACAGAAGAGCAUGGAUGUUCUGGGGAAGCAGCUCUCACUCUACUCCUUCUGCAUCAUAGGUGUCAUCAUGCUGGUGGGGUGGCUGCAGGGGAAAAACAUCCUGGACAUGUUCACUAUAGGAGUCAGCUUGGCGGUAGCUGCCAUCCCAGAAGGCCUGCCCAUCGUGGUGACCGUCACACUUGCUCUGGGUGUGAUGAGGAUGGUGAAGAAACGAGCCAUUGUCAAGAAGCUGCCUAUAGUGGAGACACUUGGCUGCUGUAACGUGAUCUGCUCAGAUAAAACAGGAACCCUGACGAAGAACGAGAUGACGGUGACUCAGAUCUUCAGCUCUGAUGGACAGCAUGCUGAGGUGACAGGUGUGGGCUAUAAUGGAGCUGGUGAGGUGCUGAUGGAUGGGAAGGUGGUUCAUGGCUUCUCCAACAUCUCCAUCAGUAAACUCGUGGAGGCUGGCUGUGUGUGUAACGAUGCUGUAGUGAGGAACAACACACUGAUGGGUCGACCCACAGAGGGCGCUCUCAUCGCCCUGGCCAUGAAGGUGGGACUGGAAAGUGUACAACAGGAGUUUGUGCGUUUGGAAGAGAUCCCGUUCUCCUCAGAGCAGAAGUGGAUGGCUGUUCGCUGUGUCCAUCGCACUCAGCAGGAGAAACCCGGAGUGUUUUUCAUGAAAGGAGCCUUUGAGAAAGUGAUUCAGUUCUGUAAGACGUACCACAGUAAAGGUGCCUCACUGCCUCUGAGUAACCAGCAGAGGGCACUGUACCAGCAGGAGAAGACCUACAUGGGCAGUGCAGGCCUAAGAGUACUAGCCUUCGCCUCAGGAGACGAAAUGAGUUCUCUGACGUUCCUCGGUCUGGUCGGCAUCAUCGAUCCUCCGAGGACUGGUGUUGGGGAAGCCGUGGCCACGCUGGUCAGCUCUGGAGUGUCCGUCAAGAUGAUAACCGGAGACUCUCAGGAGACGGCUGUGGCCAUCGCAAAUCGUCUGGGUCUGUACGCUAAAGGAGCUCAGUGUUUGUCUGGAGAUGAGGUGGAUGUCAUGGAUAUUCAGGAGCUCUCUCAGAUCGUCUCGAGGACAGUGGUGUUUUACAGAGCCAGUCCCAGACACAAACUGAAAAUAGUUAAGUCCCUGCAGAGCAUCGGUGCAGUGGUGGCGAUGACCGGUGACGGUGUGAACGACGCUGUAGCUCUGAAGGCGGCUGACAUCGGCGUGGCGAUGGGUCAGUCCGGCACAGACGUGUGUAAGGAAGCAGCAGACAUGAUCCUGGUGGACGACGACUUCCAGACCAUCGUGUCAGCCAUCGAGGAGGGAAAAGGCAUUUACAACAACAUCAAGAACUUUGUGCGUUUUCAGCUCAGCACGAGUAUCGCGGCUCUCACACUCAUCUCUCUGGCCACGCUGAUGAAUUUCCCGUCUCCUCUGAAUGCCAUGCAGAUCCUCUGGAUUAACAUCAUCAUGGACGGACCUCCAGCUCAGAGUUUGGGUGUGGAGCCUGUAGAUGGCGACGUGAUCCGUAAACCUCCACGAAACGUGCGAGACAGCAUCCUCACACGCAACCUGAUCGUGAAGGUGCUGGUGUCGUCCUUCAUCAUCGUCUGCGGCACACUCUUCGUCUUCUGGAGAGAGCUGCGGGACAAUGAGAUCACACCGCGCGACACCACCAUGACCUUCACCUGCUUUGUCUUCUUUGAUAUGUUCAACGCCCUCAGCUCUCGCUCAGAAACCCGUAUGGUACAUGAGAUAGGUCUGUGUAGUAACAAGACGUUCUGCUUUGCUGUUCUUGCCUCCAUCAUGGGGCAGUUGCUCGUCAUUUACUUCCCUCCACUACAGAAAGUCUUUCAGACUGAGAGCCUCAGCAUUCUGGAUCUGCUCGUCCUGGUCUGCUUGACGUCCUCCGUGUGCUUCGUGUGUGAACUCAUAAAGCUGCUGGAGAGGUGCAGAGGAGGAAGAGGAGGAAGAGGAGGAAGAGGAGAAAAAGAGAAAGAGGAGUGUAACUCUUUCCAUGACGUAUGACGAACGUUGCUUCUCUGUGAGGAGCGCGUGGUGUCGUCUUCUGUCAGGGGGCGGGGCUUAGGGGCAUAUCUGUAGGGUUUCCAGGGGAUUCGGGGGGUUUUGAGUUUAUCGGAUUUGCACUGGCUCGUCCACGUCUCGGACUUAAUCACGGAGCAAAAGGAGAGGUCGAAGGUCAUCCUUUUUUCAGAGUGGAUGUGAGUGCUGAGGGAGGAGCCGAACCCCAUCUCGGACCUCAGCAUGCUGCUUUAAGACUCCACUAUGACUCCUUAAUGUCAACGAAGCUUAUUAAUCAGACUCUGUGGCUGUUGACGUCUCCUGAUUAUUCUUUUAUUAUUCCUCUCCCUACCUCUCUCUCCCUCCCUCUCUCCCUCCCUCCCCCCCUUCCCCUCUCUCCCCCUCCCUUCCCCUCCCUUCCCCUCCCUCUCUUCCCCUCCCUCUCUUCCCCUCCCUCUCUGUCCCUCUACCCCCUCCCUCUCUCUCCCUCUCCCUCAGCUUCCUGAACUGUUGCUGGUUGUAGUUUUGUGGAACAAUAUGGAUGCCUCUUUACAUUCUGGCAACUCGAGCUUAAAUAAUCAUGUCAGCUAGGCAUGUGUCAAUAAUAUUGGUUUUAGGAUUUUGAUUUUCUCCAAAAUGUCGUCCAUCAGUGACAUUGAGAUCUGGUACAUAGACGUGAAACACAUUAAUAUGAUCAACUGUGAUGAGGAACAUGGUCACAUGCCCCACCACAUGCCCCACCACAUGCCCCACCACAUGCCCCACCAUGUCACCCCAGUGCCACAGGAGAGAUUUACUUCUUUAUAUAUAUAUUAUAUCCUGUCUGACACGGCUGACCACUAAUUUAUUAUUAUAAUUAUUAUUACUAAUAUUAUUAUUAUUAUUAUUAUUAUUAUUAUUAUUAUGUAAAAUUGAAACUUUACUCACAAAACCGGGGACAAUUUCCUACGCAUUAUUUCUGCACUGUUUCACUGAGACGGAAGUGACGUCAGCACUGAGAUAAAAUUAAUCCUUUAAUGAUUUUAAACCGAGCUUCCAGAGAAAAGCGGAACAGCUGAAGUUACUACACCGUGAUGGUUAUCAGGAUAACAUUAAAUCUGCCUGGAUUUAAAUCCACAGAGGAUCACACGCACACACACACGUGUCUCUGCACGUGUCUCUGCACGUGUCCACGUCUUUAACUGGCACUUUAUAGGACGACGUAAAUGAUGUCUGACUCGACCAAAAUCUUUUCUCUGAAUUAAAAUAUCCUCGUUAAUAAGCUCAUAAAGAAACGAUCGAAUAAAGUCGGAUUAUUAAUUGACGUGUUAUAUUUUGAUACAUUAAGUGUGAACACUGGACCUUUAGUUAUGAAUGUUAGCGGACGUCAGAGUCGCUUUUAUUUCUAGCAGUUUGCUCUGACUCCUCCCACACCGUUUUGGCCCCGCCCCCACAAACGCUAAUAGUAAGCUUACAGUGGAAGUAACACGGUUAUAAACUCUUACUGCUACUUUACAAAUUUAUUCAUAAAUGUCAUUAUGGAGGGAAUAUUUUGGCUGAGAAAAACGUCAAUAAAUCGUGUGUCUGUGUUUGGAGUGAAGGACAACAGCCCUGGGUGUCACUGUACUGAUACGGCUUUGCUUUAGUGUAGUUUGGGACUUCUGUAGACCAGAGUGUAACCCUUUUGUGUGUGUGUGUGUGUGUGUGUGUGUGUGUGUGUGUGUGUGUGUGUUGAGGAAGUUAUCUGUUUGUUUGACAAGUUUUUUUUAUCAGUUAGCAAUGCUAUCAGUUACAUUUUUUAAUCCUUUUGUCAUUUAAGGUUUUUUUUUAUUUUUAUUAAAACGAUAAAUUUACGCAGCACAUUAAACCAAGUAAAAGUCAAACUCUCAGUCGUUGUAGCUGCUGUUACUGCGUACAAGCCGAAAAGCCCACACACUAAUUACACCCAUCCUCAUUCCUUUGGUGAUGUAAAUGUCUGUCUGUGGUCCAGGGGAUUAUUGGUGAUGCCUAGUUGACAGCAGCGAGCAGCUCUUCUCAGCUCCACACACCUUUCUUCAUAUUGAGGAACGAUACACUGAAUUUGUGCAGUCUGUUAUGUUGUUAUUUCUUUCCUCUUUACAGCAGUGUGUUUAAACGCUUCCUUCGUUCUUAUUCGCCAAUCACUGAAGUAGUGACUUUGUUUUACACCAUGUUCUUGGGUCAGUGUAAGUGUUUUAUUGGGUUCUUCUUUUCCGAGAGUGAACUGGUCACAACCGAAAUGGAAUUUGGGUGUUAUUAUUAAUUUUUAUUAUUUAAUUUAUUUUCAGUUAUGCACAAUUGAAGUUCAUGAUCUAUGUUUGCUGUUUCACAACAUGAUUGUACAUUAAAAUUUCUACAAAUCUUUAACAGAA